GGUUGAAAAUACCAAUCUGUUGUGUGAAAAACGUGAGAAACAAUCACCAGUGCAGCGAUGCCGGUCGAUAUAAACCGGCUAACGGACGGUUGGCUGGAGCUGGAAAGUGAUCCUGGUCUGUUCACCCUGUUGAUGGAAGAUUUUGGUGUAAAGGGCGUGCAGGUGGAGGAAAUUUACGAUCUGCAGAAGAAUCUCGAGGGCCAAGUGUACGGAUUCAUCUUUCUGUUUCGUUGGAUCGAGGAACGUAGGGCGCGUAGAAAGAUCGUGGAAACGACGGACAUCUACGUGAAGGAUGAGGAUGCAGUGAACAACAUUUUCUUCGCCCAGCAGGUGGUUCCGAAUAGCUGUGCCACGCACGCUCUGCUGUCGGUGCUGCUUAACUGUUCCGACAUUGAUCUUGGGCUAACGCUCAGUCGGUUAAAGGUACACACAAAGGGCAUGAGCCCGGAAAAUAAGGGCUGGGCGAUUGGAAAUACACCGGAGCUAGCCUGUGCACAUAAUUCGCAUGCGAUGCCCCAAGCCCGACGUAGAAUGGAUCGUAAUUCGGGCGUAAGCACGGGUCGCUUUACUGGCGAAGCGUUCCACUUUGUUUCGUUUGUUCCAAUCGAUGGUCGAUUGUUUGAGUUGGAUGGCUUGAAACCAUUUCCGAUGGACCACGGACCGUGGGGAGAGAAAGAGGCGUGGACGGACAAGUUUCGUCGCGUGAUGUCCGAUCGGCUGGGAAUCACAACCGGCGAACAGGAUAUUCGGUUCAAUCUGAUGGCGGUGGUACCGGAUCGACGAAUCGCCAUCACGCACAAACUGAAAAUGCUUCGUACGAACCAAACCAUCGUAUCGGCCGCACUGGAGAAAUUGUUGAAGUCAGAAAAAAAGGAGGGAUCGGCAUCUUGCGCUGUGGCCAGCGGAUCACGUACAUUGGGAGCUACCUUGAAGAAGGAACCGGAUGAAACGACUCCAGUAAAAUUAUCCGACGAGUACUCGGAAUUAUUGGCCAUCAAGGAAGAGAAGCAACCAGACCAACCUUCUUCUUCAUCUUCCGUGUCGGUCUCGAAGGAGCUGGAAUCGUUCGUGUCGAUGAACAAUUCUUCCGAUUCGGUAGAAAUUAUCGGCGAAACGGAAUUGAAGCAAGAACGAGAAGAUCCUACCCCACCAUCGCCUCCAUCAUCGUUUAUCGGUGCCGGUACAUUCUCACCGAAAGAUUUGCUAUCUCUGCUGAAAAACCUUGAGUCAGAAAUCACCAUUACCGAGCAGCAUCUGUGUGAUGAAAAUGAAAAACGUGAACGGUUCAAGCUAGAUGACUGUCGGCGAACACACAAUUAUGACGAGUUUAUCUGCACGUUUCUUUCGAUGUUGGCGCAUCAGGGUGUACUGGCCGAGCUGGUCUCGCAGGAUCUCAUUGCAACGCGGAAGCCAAGCAUGGGUGGCAUUCAAACCAGCGCAAGCCGAGCGAUCUCACGAAGUUACAAGAAAGCGGCGGCCACGAACGGAACGUCUCCGAAGGCGCCGGGUUCGAAACGGCGUCGGGGUAGAGCAAAGUGUCGCAAACGGAAGUAGGGCGAGGGGGGC